AUGGUAGCUGUCACUGUGGUGCUAUCAAGUUCUAUUUGUCUAAAACAAAGACAUUGGUGUGUAAUCGUAGAGAACAAAGAGCACUUCAAACAAACAACAGAUAGUACUUCAAAUUCAGUUUAUACAUUUGGUAGUCAUGGUGUAAAACAUAAUUUCUGCAAGACUUGUGGAAUUUCUGUAUUUGCUGAUUGCAAUAUUGAGGGAAUGGGUGAAUUCUUUGCCGUUUGUAUUAAUGUUAUUGACGAUCUAACACCAGAGCAGCUCGAUGUCUUACAAGUCAAUUACACGAACGGUAAAGAUAAUGAUUGGUUCGCUCCACCAGCAAUAACUAAAUAUUUGUAA